AUGCGGACCAGGAAUUACUUUCUGGCCAAUCUGGUGACGCUUUGGCAGAAAUUAAGAAGGAAAAUACCUCCCUUAAGAGUUUUUUUUGUCAUGGACAUAGGUUCAGUGGGAGGAUUAGACUUGACUGAACAAACUUCUGUGUUACUAGGGAGUAAAGCCAUGGCAACUAGUCUCACAGACGUAGGAAAUUCAUUUGGUCAUCCAACUAGUACUUCAGUUAAUAGAUCUAGAAACUCAUCAGUGGAAGAUGAUGAUGAUGAUGUUGUGUUUAUUGAAACUAUACAACCUCCUUCAACUUCUUCAGCAAUAGUUGAUCCAAGAGAUUUUAUAUUUGCUUCAAGAAAUGGAAAGCUACAAGGAAAUGAUUCCCUAAUUCCUUCCUCAAGAGAUUUGGCUUCUCAAAAGGGAUAUAUAAGUGAGACUAUUAUUAUUGAUGAUGAAGAGGACAUAGAAACAAAUGGAGAAAAAAAGAAAAAUUCUUUCAGUUUUAUUGAAUGGGGACUUCGAGGAACUAAAAACAGAACCAAAGAUGUGGACUUCUCUACUUCCAGUCUUUCAAGAAGAAAGACCAAGACUGCAGUAGGACCUUUUAAUCCUGGUAGGAUGAAUGUGGCAGGAGAUGAAUUUCAGAAAGGAGGAUUUGCAACUCAUCAUAGUUCUGAUUCUUGGAUCUCCCAGUCAGCAUCAUUUCCACGUAAUCAGAAACAGCAAGGAGUGGAUUCUUUUUCACCAGUGGGCUCAUUUCCUCAACAGAUUUGCCAGUCUUCAGCCCAACAGCACCUUAUUAAACCAGCUAAAAUCACUUGUGCACACUGCAAAAACCCUUUACAGAAAGGACAAACAGCUUAUCAACGAAAAGGAUCAGCUCACCUCUUUUGUUCUACCACCUGCUUUUCCUCCUUCUCUCAUAAGCGUACUCCAAAGAAACACAAUAUAAUGUGUAAAAAAGAUGCACCUAUGAAAAGGGCUAUUGUUGUUCCUCAAGUGCAGUCAAGCCAGCCCUUUCAGGAAUCCUGUAAUACAUACUGUGUGUCUCCCUACAAAGACAACCAGAGUCUCAGAAAAAGAAUUUCAAAUAAAUCAAGAUGUACAAUCUGUGGUAAACUAACAGAGAUUCGCCAUGAAGUAAGCGUUAAUAAUGUGAUACACAAACUGUGCAGUAACAACUGCUUUAACAAGUACAGGUUGGCUAAUGGUCUGAUAAUGAAUUGCUGUGAACAUUGUGGAGAGUACCUGCCUAGCAAAGGUUCUGCAAAUAAUGUCCUGGUGAUUGAUGGUGGCCAACAGAUGACAUUCUGCUGCCAAAGUUGUGCUAACGAAUAUAAACAGAUAUUAGAAACAGAAUCAAAGAAAAUAUCCAUAUCAGAAAACAGGAAAAGAAAUGCUAUUAGAGAAGAAAAUGAGAGGAAAUUAUAUGGAUCCUUGAAUACACUUUUGGACAAAAUAGAAGGAGUACCAGGAAAAAAGGAAAAGAUUUCAGAGCCACAGGUAUCAGCAGAGUGCAAGAUAGAAGCAUCACUAACCAAACAGGAUAUGAAUUUACCUGCCUCUGUGUCCAUCAUAGAUAAUACAUUUCAAAAGGAAAUGGAAGAUAAAAAAUCUGAAGACUCCACUCAAGCAGUUGUGCUUUCUGCAGAUCCAGGCACAUGGCCCCGAAUUUUAAAUAUUAAACAACGGGACAUUCUUGUUGAAAAUGAUCCCCCUCAAGUAAGAAAUUUUAACUUUCCAAAAGACAAUACAGGGAGGAAGUUUUCAGAAACUUAUUAUACACGAAUUCUUCCAAAUGGUGAAAAAACCCCUAGAUCCUGGUUGCUUUAUUCAACCUCAAAAGAUUCUGUGUUUUGUCUAUAUUGCAAACUCUUUGGAGAAGGAAAAAAUCAACUGAAGAAUGAGAAUGGGUGCAAAGAUUGGCAGCAUUUAUCACAUAUUCUUAGUAAACACGAAGAAAGUGAAAUGCACAUCAACAAUAGUGUUAAGUAUUCAAAAUUAAAAUCUGAUGUGAAAAAAAACAAAACUAUUGAAACUGUAGAACACAAAGUACAUGAGGAUGACACCAAAGAAAGUGAGCUGUUGCUGUACACAUGA